ACUCCAUCUCCCCCCACUCCAUCUCCUCCAUCUCACCCUCCCCCCACUCCAUCUCACCCCCCUCUCCAUAUCUCUCCCCCCACUCCAUCUCCCCCUCUCCAUAUCUCUCCCCCCACUCCAUCUCUCUCUCCCGCCCCCCCUCUCUCUCCCCCUCCCCCCUCCAUCUCUCCCCCCACUCCAUCUCCCCCUCCCCCCACUCCAUCUCACCCUCCCCCCACUCCAUCUCACCCCCCCAUCUCUCUCUCCCGCCCCCCAUCUCACCCCCUCUCCAUAUCUCUCCCCCCACUCCAUCUCCCCCUCUCCAUAUCUCUCCCCCACUCCAUCUCCCCCUCUCCAUAUCUCUCCCCCCCCACUCCAUCUCUCUCUCCCGCCCCCCUCUCUCCCCCCACUCCAUCUCACCCUCCCCCCACUCCAUCUCACCCCCCAUCUCUCUCUCCCGCCCCCCCCAUCUCACCCCCCUCUCCAUAUCUCUCCCCCACUCCAUCUCCCCCUCUCCAUAUCUCUCCCCCCACUCCAUCUCCCCCUCUCCAUAUCUCUCCCCCCACUCCAUCUCUCUCUCCCGCCCCCUCUCUCCCCCCACUCCCCCCCUCUCCAUCUCUCUCUCCCCCAUCCCCAUCUCCCCCCUCCUCCCCAUCUCCCCCCCCCACUCCAGCUCUCUCUCCCCCCCCUCCCCCCACUCCAUCUCCCCCUCCCCCCACUCCAUCUCACCCUCCCCCCACUCCAUCUCACCCCCCAUCUCUCUCUCCCGACCCCCCCAUCUCACCCCCUCUCCAUAUCUCUCCCCCCACUCCAUCUCCCCCUCUCCCUCCCCCCUCUCCAUCUCUCUCUCCCCCAUCCCCAUCUCCCCCUGACGCACACCUACAGGACGCACACCUACAGGACGCACACCUACAGGACAACACACCUACAGGACCACACACCUACAGGACCGCACACCUACAGGACCGCACACCUACAGGACCACACACCUACAGGACCGCACACCUACAGGACGCACACCUACAGGACGCACACCUACAGGACGCACACCUACAGGACCACACACCUACAGGACCACACACCUACAGGACGCACACCUACAGGACGCACACCUACAGGACCACACACCUACAGGACCACACACCUACAGGACCACACACCUACAGGACCACACACCUACAGGACCACACACCUACAGGACGCACACCUACAGGACACACACCUACAGGACCACACACCUACAGGACCACACACCUACAGGACGCACACCUACAGGACGCACACCUACAGGACCACACACCUACAGGACGCACACCUACAGGACGCACACCUACAGGACGCACACCUACAGGACCGCACACCUACAGGACCGCACACCUACAGGACCGCACACCUACAGGACCGCACACCUACAGGACGCACACCUACAGGACACACACCUACAGGACCACACACCUACAGGACACACACCUACAGGAUGCACACCUACAGGACACACACCUACAGGACGCACACCUACAGGACUUACAUGCCAGACCGUACCGGCGCAUCGAGGCUCAGAUGACCACUGACCAUAAGACUAUCCACACGGACUCUAUGCUCAUCCACGGGUCUCUUCCCACUCAGACACACACCUACACUGCUGUUCAUUGA